GGCCGGGGCGGGCCGCGGGGCCGCUCCGCCCGCGCCGCUCGGCGGGGACAAAGCGCGGCGCCGAGCGGGGGCCAUGUCGUCCGCAGGCGGCCGCCAGCCCAGCCAGAGCCGGGCCAUCCCCACCCGCACCGUCACGCUCAGCGACGCCGCGCAGCUCCCCGCCGACUACUGCACCACCCCCGGCGGGACGCUCUUCUCCACCACGCCGGGAGGCACCCGGAUCAUCUACGACCGCAAGUUCCUGCUGGACCGCCGCAACUCCCCCAUGGCCAAGACCCCGCCUUGUCACCUCCCCAAUAUUCCCGGCGUCACCAGCCCCGGCGAGCCCGCCGAGGAGCCCAAAGCGGACACCAACAGCUUGAACCACCAGGAGGGCAAGCCAUCCAUGGGGGACGAUGCUCAGUUCGAGAUGGAUAUCUGAGCGGGAACCACGGAGAGGCAGCGACUCCCCAGACCUGUGCACCCCCAUUCGGCUUAGCAGGAUCCGUCCCGGCGAGGUGGAGGUGGCAGUGGUCCCCACCAGCGUCCCCUCCCCGCCCUCCUCCUCCCCCUCUUUUCGGGGGGGAGUGCAGCUCUGUCUUGUCCCCCUCUGCGGGUGACCGGUCCCAGCAUGUGCCAGACGGAGCAUCCCUUCUGGAUCUGGCCCUGUUCCUCCUCUUCCACCUGCCAGCAGCCUGAUCUCCACCAGGCUUCUUUUUAAAACAUCCCUUUGCCUCUUCUGCUGCCUCGUGCCCCCACAAAAUUCCCCUCUUUUGUUACCCAAACCUCCCAUUGCCAGCAACUUGGUGUUCUGGAGCUGUGUCACCCCCUUUGCCCCCUUCUCCUGGAAAAUUUGGGCAGCCUUUUGGGAGGAGGGGGAAACAUCACUCCUAAAAUCAUGCACCUGCUUGCACCCUGGGGAGGGUAUUUUUUGAGUUUCCCUGGGACGUGUUGGCGUUCAGCAAAGGACAGCAUUGGGAGCCUGUUCCCUUUGGUGCUCCAGGGCUCCGCUGUAGUCCCUGAUGGAAUCAGCCAGCGUGUUCACAUCUCUCCUACCUGGAUUUCUUCCAUCUUGGCCCUCCAGCCAGGGGCUGUGUCCCUCACCCACCAGCCAGGACUCACAGCAAUGUAGCCAUAUAUUAUAAAACCCCCUUGCUUUUAUUUUUGGUACUAAAAAGGGGCACUUUACCCCCAACGACUUUUUCUGGGCUGGGGCCGAGUGCCUCUGGGGAAGUGCUUUGUAGAGCUCGGGGUUUUUUUUACCCCCCAGCCUUUUAAAAUGUGAAUCCUACAGGGGGGAGAUCCCUCUGGCACCGUUGGAUGUCUCAGGAAUCACUGGGUGUCCCUGGGGGCUGUGGGGGCUCGCCAGGCACCGCAGGGAUGGGGUGCUCUCCUCGCAGGGUGCUGCCAUCCAUGCCAUCCUCUGCUCACUUUUCAGGGUGGCACUUCUCCCAGCCGGAUCGUGCUGUCGUGGAUAAAGCAUUUCCACAUUAUCCUCCCCUUUGCCAGCCUGGCACGGCGUGGCCAUCUUGAACCUCCCCUGGAGAUGGGGUUGCUUUUUCCCCCUCUCUCCGUGUGACUCUUGCCCUGAUGAGCAGCACUGGGCAAGGCCGUGCCCCCCAAUCCCACCAGCCCCCCCAGUUCUGAUUUUUCACUGCCUGUUGGGAGCCAUCACCAGCUCCACAGCCUUCUCAAGUGCCAUUUUAUCAGCCCCCACCUGAGUGCCUGCUCCAUCCACCCUCCCUCCCUCGCUGGGGUCGCCCCCCACCUCGGUACCCAGCCUGUGGGACCCGUGCUGGGGGGGGGGACACCCCCAGGCUUUGUGCACUUUCCAUCCCGUAAUUUAUUUCUCUAGGUGUGUUUGGCACGGGGCGGCGCUGCUGGCGAGCUCCCAUCUUCCAGCUGCUUUUCUCACAGGGAGGGGGGGAUGGUCUGGCCCUCGUUUUGGGGCCGGGGGAGGAAGAAGCAAAAGCACAACCCCAGGGAAUGGGUUGUCUUUCCCAUCCUUUCCCUGGCGUGGGAGGUGGGGUGAGCGCGAGUGAGUGAGUGCGAGUAGCAGUGUGUACAUGCGUGUGGGUGGGUGGUGAUAAGACACACACAAAUAUAUAUAUAUUAUAUAUAAAUAAAUAUAUUUUCCUUGAAGCAAAGAUCCUAGGAGGUCGUUUAGGCCCUCGGAUCGAGGGAGGGGCAGGGGCAGGGGGCGAGGACAUCCUUGGCAGAGCGGGGACGGCCACCGUGGAUGCAGGGACCUGGCGCCCUCAGCACAGCUGCAGCUUUUGGGAAACCUGCUCUGCUAGCCAAAAACAAUCAGACCAUAUCCAAGGACAAUGUGACUGAAUGGACAGGAGCCGGAGGGAAACCUUUUUUGUUGUUUUUUUUUUUUCUCUCUAAAUGCCCCCUUUCCCAACCUCCCUGUGUCUCCGUUCCCCAUCCCAGCAACUUUUGUCCCCAAAGGUUCUCUUUUGUGAGUGGGCUUGGGGCUGAGCAGGGAGGGAGUGCCUGGCCUCGCCGGGGUGUUCCUCUGCUAGUCAGGGGAUCCCUUUGGGAUUUCUGUUGUUUUGUACCGUCUCUUCAAGCAGGUGUUUGGGAGGAGAAAAGCUCUCGCCAGUGGUUGCUGUUACAGUGAGAUCAAUAAAGAUUCUGGUUCUACUAAAUCAA